CAGUCUUAUGUAUUGAAUUGGUGAAAUCAGCGUGACAUGUCCAUUCCAUUCGGAAACUGGGCAUCUAAACAGAAACAACCCAACAACAGUAUGAACAGGAGUUGGGUCCAUCCGGCCAACGCCCUUACCCAGGGUCAUGUUAUAUAUAACGUUAAGUUAUUGGGUCAUACUGAAGUGGAUCAUCCUAAAGGAGCCGAUGUGGUCAAAGAAGCGAUCAGAAAACUGAAGUUUUCACGUCAUAUCAAGAAAGCUGAAGGAUCCAAACCACGUAAAACUGAACUGACAAUAUCCCGCGAAGGGCUCACGCUACAAGACCCAAAAUCAAAGGAGAAGCUCCACAGCUAUCCAUUACAUCGUAUAUCAUACUGUGCAGACGACAAGACUGAUAAGAAAAUAUGUGCUUUUAUUGCAAAAGAAAGUAAUAAUCAGCAUAUAUGUUACGUGUUCGACAGUGAUAAAUGCGCAGAAGAGAUCACUUAUACAGUGGGACAGGCAUUUGACCUUGCCUAUAGACAGUUCUUAGAUACAUCAGGCAGAGAUAUGGAAAUGAAGAAACAAUUUAUAAUGCUGCAAAAGAAGUUGCAAGAAGUUGAGGCAGAGAAUGUUACACUUCGUAAAAGAGUUGCGGAAAUGGAAUUGCUGACAGGAGAAAAGUCAAACUUACCAAUUCCUGAGAAACAUGCUGCCAAGGUGCAACCUACAGUCGCUUUACAAAAAUCUAGUGACUCCCCUUCUGAUUCUAAGCCGUCUUCUAAGGCUGCACCCAUCACACUCAAAGAACAGGCUCAGCAAAAUGAAGCUCCUAACCCAAUAGGGGAUCAAUUAUUCGAAAUGGAACCAUUUUCUCCGACUGGAGCUGGUACACAUAAUGGGUUCCCAGCAACACAAAGUAAAUCCAAUGUUAUGCUGCCACUGUCAAGUCCUCCAGGUCCUAUUGCUCCAGCUGUUCCCCCACCACCUCAAGUGCCUGUCAGAACAAGAAGAAAAACUUCACCUACUUCAGCCUUAGCCCCUCCACCACCAGUACCAGCAAGACCAAGACAACAAGGAGCUACACAGAAACCUUCUGCUUCUGCGGUAGAUCCAUUUGGUAGUGCUCCAUUCAGUGCUUCCAACCCUAACCCCUCAACACCAACUACAGACUAUGAUAGAGCAAUCAGUAACAUUGAUGAACAGAUGAAAGAACUGCAGGAAGGAUUUGGUAGCGGUCUAACAAUGGGAAACCAUGACUUUUCACUCGAAGACUUGGAUCCAUUGAACCAGAAAUAG